AUGCCGGUGUCGCGUGAGCGAGCACGGUACCGUGGUAUGAUGGAAGUCCGCAAGCUGGCAUUCAAGACCUGGAUGAAGGGCUCCCUGUCAUUGGACACAAUGGUUUGUGCCCUGAGCAGCUCCAACCCACGCACAGCCGUGUUCGACGGACCCAAAGAGGAUCCCCACGCCGUUGCAACCGAAUCGAGUGGCGAUGCGACCGACGUGAAAAUCACAAUCGUCGUCAAAAAUUUUGGAUCCAUCGACGUCUUAAACAUGGAAUACAAAGUCACCGUCAUCCUUGUGCAGUGGUGGAUUGACCACCGUCUCCGUAUGAACUGCAGCACGGGGGGCGACACUUACAUGGACAUGUCCGACGCGACGUUGGGCUGCCUGUGGAGGCCCAGCGUCUUCUUCGACAACGAGAAGAGCUCCGUGGUGCACUCCGUGACGGCACCCAACAGCAUGCUGAGGAUUUACGACGACGGGAAUGUCUUUUACACCUUGAGAAUCACCCUUACCCUCAGCUGCCACAUGGAUCUCCAUAAAUACCCCUGGAUUAAACAGACCUGUCCCAUGACGAUUGUCAGCGCCAGCUACACGGACAAGGAUGUGUUACUGCAGUGGCACAAGACGCAAAACAUGACGCUACCCGGGGAGCUCAACGUCUCCCAGUUUGAUGUCGAUACCAGUGUCACCCUGAGCAACAACACCAGCAAUGAAAUCAUGGGAAACAUAUCGCGCCUGCAUGCCGAGUUCAAGCUGUGUCGGUCAAUAUGUUCCUCCGAAAAACAUAUCUUCAUUUCAAGCGGCCUCAUCUCCAUCCUGUCCUGCUUUUCGUUCCUGAUCCCCACCGAGAAGGCGCCGGCACGUGUUGCCAUCAGCGUCGCCACCACCAUCUCGAUGACCAUGCAGUGCGCCAGCACUCACGCCAACAUGCCCAAGGUUCCGUACAUGACAUCCAUAGAUAAUUGGAUGGUCAAGUGCCUCCUGUUCAUCAUUUCCAUCUUUAUCAUAAGCAUUCUGCAGAUUUGCUAUUACUCUAAGGACAACUCGGCACAAAAUAAAGCUACUGCACUGCAGCCACCAGAGACACAAAAUAAACAACGGAAGCCAGCUGCCACUCCGUACCAUGAUGUAAGUGGCGAACGAGAUCCCCUACUCGGCAGUAACCGUCACCGACCG